CUUUUCACAGGCAGCAGCUUCCUGCCAUGGAGAAACACGCUUCCGGGGAGAAUACCGACCACCGGCAUCUCGAACUGGCCGGUAUUACAGAAAAAGAGGUCCAGUCAUACCACAUGAAACUUCGUGGUCGCAAAUUGACUGCAGCACUCGCGUUCGUUGCUGGCACCGGCUUCACUCUCUUUGGAUAUGACCAAGGUGUCAUGUCUGCUCUUCUCACGGCGAAUCAGUUCGAGGCCACGUUCCCCCAAGUCAAGACUGGUAACGGCCAACCUUCAAAUCACGCGACACUGCAGAGCUUUGUUGUCGCCAUAUACGAAAUAGGAUGUCUUAUCGGCGCUUUGUCCAACCUCUGGAUAGGUGACAGGCUUGGACGGAGACGGACCAUUGUCAUUGGCGGUAUCAUCAUGAUCGUCGGUGCCAUAUUGCAGGCUGCAUCUGUCAAUUAUGCCAUGAUGGUAGUUGCACGUAUCAUCACUGGCCUGGGGAAUGGACUCAACACGUCUACGGUACCUAGUUAUCAUGCCGAGUGCUCACCAGCAGCGCGACGAGGAAGUCUUAUCAUGAUUGAAGGCAGUUUGAUCACUUUCGGUAUCAUGGUCUCGUACUGGAUUGAUUUCGCAUGUUAUUGGGCCGACAGUUCCUCUGCACAGUGGAGAGUUCCUAUCGCCCUCCAAAUCUUGUUCGCGCUUGUCAUGGUCGCUGGGAUUGGCUUUUUGCCUGAGUCUCCUAGGUGGCUUGUGAAGCACGAGCGCAAUGCCGAGGCCUUAGCGGUCAUCUCUGCUUUGGAUGAUAAGGACUGGACCGACGAAAGCGUUCAGAAGACAUACCAUGCCAUCCGUGAAGCUGUGGUAGUCGAGGACUUUGGUAACGCUGAAGCUGGUAAAAGGAAUAAGAAGGCACACUUGGGGGCACUAUUCACAGGCGGUCGCAGCCAGAACUUCCGUCGAGCUGCAUUGGGUGUUGUCAAUCAAUGCUUCCAGCAAAUUACUGGGAUCAACUUAAUUACUUACUAUGCUACUGUACUCUUCCAACGCCUGGGACUUUCUGACACAACCUCCCGCAUCAUCGCUGCUGCUAACGGAACCGAAUAUUUCCUUGCCUCCCUGCUUGCAAUUGUCCUCAUUGAUCGUGUCGGCCGUCGCAGACUGAUGCUGUUUGGUGCUGUUGGUCAAUGUAUCACCAUGAUCUUGUUGGCCGUUCUCGGAAGCUUGCAAGAUAAUACCGGGGCUCAGGUAGUGAGCGCUGUUCUACUCUUCGUGUUCAACUCCUUCUUCGCUUUGGGCUGGCUUGGAAUGACAUGGCUCUAUCCUGCUGAAAUUGUUGGCCUGCAAAUUCGUGCUCCUGCCAACGCUCUGAGUACAGCCUCAAACUGGAUCUUCAACUUUAUGGUGGUCAUGGUUACUGGUCCUUCUUUCAACAACAUAUCUUGGGGCACUUACAUCGUCUUUGCAUCCUUGAACGCCUUCAUUGUGCCUGUUGUAUACUUCUUUUUCCCAGAAACGGCUGGUCGCUCACUAGAAGAUAUGGACGUUGUAUUCGCCCUUGCCUAUCAGGAAGGCGUGUCGCCCGUCAAGGUGUCUUUGCGCGACGACGUCCCAGCCGCAGGCACUCCAGAAGCUGACAGGAUUUUGGGGGUUAACCCAGGUCUUCGGAAGCGUCAUGGGUCAGACUCCAAUGUAACUUCCGACCGCGAUUAGUUUAUUACAUGUUAUUGUUAAUAUCACUUUAUGAAAGAUAUCCUACGCGAUUACAUCCAGCCCACGUGCACUGAUGUCAAUAGCAAUAGAAAGUAGCUAUCGUACUUAUGAUACUGAUGGUCAUUUGCAAGCUUCAGAGAUUCUAUC